UGUAUGUGUAUGUAUAUGUAUGUGUAUGUAUGUAUAUGUAUGUAUAUAUAUAUGUAUAUAAAAGGGCGGACAGCAGGACCCUGAGGACACUUCCUCGUGCUUUAAACAGCCUCAGCAGCUUAUUGGUUAACGUUGAUGAAGUCAGAGUGAAGCUGACCUGCUGCCUCACCUGUCUGCAUAGAGCAGGUGAGUGUCGACCAAUCAGACGGAGACUCAGCUGGGAAAUGCAGCCAAACCAGACAGACAGACAGGUAGGGCGGGGGAGGGGGAGGGGAGGGAACUCCUCCAAAGAGAGAGACACACACAUACACAGACGUCCAGACGCUCACACAUGCUGGUCAGAGCACGCCGUGACAUCACUGUGACAUCAUGAGCUCCCCCAGCGCUCACACAGACAGGUAUGUUUAAUAUUUAACCUUCAGUGUGUGUGUGUGUGUGUGUGUGUGUGUGUGUGUGUGUGUGUUUCCUGUUCCAGCAGAAAGAGGAAGUUUACUUUCUGUUGGUGGUCUUUCCUAACUGUCAGUGAAGGGGUCGCUGUGGUGCGUUCGCUGUUUCUUUGAGUCUGUUUCUGGUCAGCAGGAAGUGAUGUCAGCAUUCUUCCUGUGUGCUGUGACUGCUCAGGUGUUCCUCUGGUCCUGGAUCAGAGCCUCCUCAGUGACGACCUGAUGCUGUUCACAGUGUGAAGCUGAACAGAUUUGAUUGAUCUGAUUCUUUUUUUUAAACAUUACAAACUGGACCCAGCUCUGUCCAAUACAGUUUCCUCCUCCCACUGAAGUCCUCCACGUAGUUAACGGUUCAUCUACAGAUCUAUGGAGCGCAUCCACACAUACUACUACAUGCUAACGUAGCUCCUUGACUAACAACAUAUAACAUCUGAAGAUUAGCACAAACAUCAAAGAGAGAGAGCGGGUUAUUAAAUAUCAGUUUGAUGAUCAAUGUUGGCCAACACCAACACCUUACUAUUUAUGUUCCUUAAAAACCUCUUCAAGAAGUCCGAGAACCUCCUAAAGAACCCCUCAGCCCCACAUAAGAACCCUGGAACCUCUUCAAGAACUGUGGGACUUCUUCAAGAAGACCUGAAACCUCCUAAAGAACCCUUCAAACACUACUGGAACAUUUUCAGGCACCCCUGGAAAAACCCACCUAGAACCCUGAAAAUCCCCGAAGGACCCUGGAACCUCUUCAAAAAGUCCUGGAAGCUCCUGAAGAACCCCUCAGCCCCACAUAAGAACCCUGGCAUUUUAUCAAGAACUGUGGAACCUCUUCAAGUACUUAUGGAACUAUCUGCCUCUCUUAAGACCCUUGGAACCUACUUGAACUUUCCUGGAACCUCUUCAAGAAGACCUGGAACCUCCUCUGGGUCCUGCUGAAGAACCGUCACCUGGACAGGGCUCCCGUAGGGGCCUCGGGCCCCCCCAACAUCCAGGACAUGGAGCUGAGGGAGGAGUGGCAGGACGACGGCUUCCCGAGGCCUCUCCCAGAGGAUUCUGGGAGUCCAGAGGAGGCAGAAAGUCCGUCAGGAGACGAGCAGCAUCCAGCUCCGCCCACCAGCCUCGCCCUAUCAGGAACCAUUGAGGGCGGGGCUAAGAAGCGCCUCGUGGCUCCGUCACUCAGCCUCACAUUGAGCCGAAAAGACUCUCGCGACCCGAGCAACGACGGGUUCUCGGCCGCCGCGCUGUCGGCGACGCCGGAGGAGACGCCGUCACUGGAUAUCAACCUGGAGGCUCUGGAGACGCCUUCAGGCAGCGAGACGGGCACGCUGCCCGACUUCAACCACGAGCUGGAGUGGGAGGAUGACCUCCCCCAGAUGGUUGUGAAUGGGGGCGUGUCCAGCAGCCCGUUGGAUCAGUCCGAGGGUCUGAUGGAUCUGGACCAGGUGGACACCAGGGGACGCCGCUGGAGGAGGUUCUCCGUCUCUGGACACGAGUUCCACGUCAACAUGAGCGUCCUGGAGCCGUACCUGCAGGUCCUGUCACACGGAGGUUACUAUGGAGACGAGAUGAACGCCGUUGUCCUGUUCACCGCCUGCUACCUGCCGGAGAACACGGUGGAGAACUACGACUACGUCAUGGACAACCUGUUCAGGUACAUCGUGGGGACCCUGGACCUGAUGGUGUCAGAGAACUACCUGCUGGUCUGUCUGUGCGCCAUGGUUCCCAAAAACAAGCUGCCCUCCAUGAAAUGGCUCCACCAGUGCUACGCCUCUAUCGACAGGAGGCUGAAGAAGGACCUGAAGGGGCUGCUGGUCGUCCAUCCUGCCUGGUACAUUAAAGCUCUGCUCACUGUGAUCAAACCCUUCAUCAGUGAGAAGUUCAGCACUAAGAUCCGGUUCAUCAGAAGUCUACAUGAGUUGUCUCAGUUCAUCCCAACAGAAAGACUACAGAUCCCAGACGCAAUACACCAGUUCGAUCAGACGUUGAACAGAUGACGAUCACGGCGGUCGACAGACUGGACAGAACAAACACACUCUGGGUUUAUUUAUAGUGUCUUUAGAUGGGGGGGGUGAGUUAAAGAUUCAGGUGUUUUACCUGUUGAACCAACAUAACAACUAAUAAUAAAAGCAUCGAUCAAACGUUUUUAAUUAGACUUGAUUAAUUUUGAUGGAAAAUAUGUAUUAAAAGAAUAAUAAUCAACUGUUGACACUUUUUACUCAAUUUUCUUUCUUUCUUUGUUUUAUAAAAGCUUUAUCUGCUUAAGGAAGUUUGUUUGUUUGUUUAUUUAUUUUUUAUUAUUACUCAUAAUAAAGACACAGCGUCCGUAAUGUCCCGAAA